CCGGACCUCCGAGCUUUCGGCACUUGGGCGGGGGGGAGGAACCUAAGCUUGGAGGGCUUGGAGUAGAAUUCCAUCCUUUUGGUCUCUCAAUAUCAUCUGAUCUUUCACUUUGGGCGUUCACUUUGAGCUGAUCUCUCACGACACUCACUCACCAACUCUUCACAUCUCAUCUUCGGGACACGACUCACCACAAAGAUGGCUUCGGACUCAUCAACACCCUUCUCUCGCCUCGUGCGGUUCGUCCCGCGAUCCGACCCGAGCAAGAUCCUCAUCGGUGAGCCCGAGUCGGCCACUGUCGACGUCGGCAUCGCGGUGCGCAACGGCGAGGAGGUCAAGGUCGUGGUGUGGUCCGGGUCCAGCGUCCUCAAGCCGGGCUCCAAGACGGAUCAGCGGGCCGUCAUCGACCGCAUCCUCUCGCCCGUCUCUGCCGAGGAGGUCGGGACCAUCCGAUGCAUCGGUCUAAACUACGUCCAGCACACGAAGGAGGUGGGCGUCGCCCUGCCCGACGUGCCCACCGUCUUCCUGAAGCCGAGCACCGCGCUGGGCGACCCGUGGCCGGCGCCCACCGUCCUCCCGCUCCUCACGCAGGCCGACGACUGCGGCGACUACGAGUCCGAGCUCGCCGUCGUGCUGGGCAAGACGGCCAAGAACGUGUCCGAGGCGAAGGCCAUGGACUACGUCCUGGGCUACACCGCCUGCAACGACGUGUCCAGCCGGACGUACCAGCUGAAUCAGUCGCAGUGGUGUUUCGCCAAGGGGUUCGACGGGUCGUGUCCGUUGGGCCCGACUCUCGUGUCCAAGGACCUCAUCCCAGACCCAAGCAAGUUGAAAAUGCGCGGGCUUUGGAACGGUGACGUUCUCCAGGAGAGCGGUAUCGACGAUCUCAUCUUCAGCGUCCCAAAGAUCAUCAGCUUCUUGUCGCAGAGCACGACCCUGCCCGCCGGCACCGUCAUCAUCACCGGCACGCCCGCCGGCGUGGGGCUGGGCCGCAAGCCCAAGGUGACGCUGAAGGACGGCGACGAGUUCAAGGUCGAGAUCCUGCCUCACAUCGGCACGCUCGUCAACGUCUUCCAGAACGAGGGUGUGACUGCCGUCGGGCAGUGAGGGGACUGUAGUUGAUGAUGAGUCAAUGGCAGAGGUUUUACACGUAAUGGACUGUCAUUAGAGGGAGUAGAAUUACAGAAAAAAGAUCUGAUACUCUACUCAUUGAUGAGAGUCUCGACUUUCCGUAUUACUCGCGACUUUUUUAUGAGUGAGUUGAUGAGUGCGAAUGAGAUGCGCACAUGGUGAAAUAUGAGAUGAGAG